AUGGCUGCUCAACAGUCAUGUAGAUCACCCCAGCUCUUUGGGACAGGUAGCAUCUCGCCUAAGGUGUAUGGCUGCAGAAGAGCUCUGGGGAUAGAAGAAGAGACUGCAGGAGCUACAGCAGAGGAAAGUAAUGAACCACUCAAUGUAACAGACCUAGAAUGUGAAGAGGUCUGUGCUAUGCCUGCUAAAGAAAUCAGGAGGUCUUCCUCCAGGAGUGCUUCUGUCAAGAGUCGCAGUGAUAAAACACCGCAGUCUAAUAUAAAUGUAGAGCCCAUUACGCCUAACCCUGUUAUUUUGCCUUCGGGUAAUGAAGUGAUUGCUGAAGGUAAUGCUCUUACUACAAUUAUGGAGUCGAUUCGGAACCUUGAAUCAAAAGUGCUCGCGCUCCAAACUAAUGUGCAAAAGUGCAGUGAUAGUGAUAGUGUUGUGGAGGGGGCGUCAAACCGGUCCUAUAGCGCCUACAGGCUGAGACCUCUGUCGGACUCCCAGGACAUAGGGAAUGGACAUGUCGUAAGCCGAAGGAGGGUUACGGGAACUAAACACCGGUCUGGCGUCCCUUCGGCAGUACCUGAAGACGAUUCCCAGGCUGCCAAAGAUCGUGCGCGAGCUCGAAUAUUAAAAGAAUGUUUCUCUUCCUCCGAGACGUCUUCUCCUCAACGAGGAUGGGUCUCUCGGAGGACCUCUCAAGAUGAGAGCGGUAAGGACGUAAGUUGUCGCACAGGCGGCCAUCGUCGUUCCCGCCCUCUUAAGAGAGGAUUUAGAGAAGAGGACGUUUUAUCAGAAGAUCGGGAACGUCCUCAUACGCGGCUUCCUCUUAGUUCUUCUCCGGAAGACUUUGAAGACGCUAUCCCUCAGAAGAGGGUUAGGACUUCUGGUGAAAAGGAGGUAGUCUUAUUCUCCAAUCUACCUGAAAUUAGUCCUGAGAGAAAGAAGAGGGCGUCCCCUCGCCCAUCGUCUUUUCACUGGAUAAGUCCUUCGUAUGAAUCUUCCCCCGUCUAA